AUGGCGGACAAGCGAAAACGUCGUGGCUCUGAUGCAGCUGCGUCGGGUCAUUCCGCCUCAGAGGUGUCUGAGGAUGAGCGCACGACCAAGGAGACGUCGGCACCCGAGGAGGCGGUCACCAACAAGGCCAUGGUCCCCUUUGCCGACGGCGCAGAGCUCCAUCAGGCGCUUCAGACACCCUCAGCAGACAUGCUUCGCCUGCUUCUCACACGUUUGCGCAAUCAGACCAACCUCUCCUUCGCAGAAAACACCCAGCGCUCCACCAUCCCCGCCAGCGACAAGCGAAUCCAGCUCGUCAAGGACUACUGCCAGCUGUGCGAAACGCAGGCAUCCAACUCCGGCGCACCUACAGCCGCUGCAGCCUCCAUCUUCUCCACCUGGGAGCUUGCCGAUCGCCAAGACCUGCCUACCCUGCUGCACCUCCCAAUCUUCUGCUUGGCUCAGUCUCUGGCGCUUCUCUCCAUCCAUUACCCGACUCACACCCUUGGAUCCAACAUCAUCGAGCGUAUCUUGUCACCCAACGAGCCUUGGCUUGCUAUGCUUCACAACUACAUCUCCAAUCUUGGAGGCGCCAAGUUUGCAUCUUCCAAGCAACGCGACUCUCGAUCCUCCAAGGGCUCGGAUGUCGCCGCACUCGCAUCCCUCAUCCUCCUUCGCGAGGUCUCGUCGUUCGCCAAAGGCCGUUACGCCGUCAAGCUUUUCGACUCGUUCAACUGGUCCAUGAAGGUACUCCCGCACAUCUUCAACAUGCGCAGGCGAACCAACCGCAAGUCCAAGGCCGCCAAGAAGACGAGCGUCGCACUCGACGUUUCGCUCCGCCGCCCCGACAUCCGCACGCUCUACAUUCUCUUCCUCCUCUCCUUCCUGCAGCAGAGCUACUCGAACACACUCAAGCUUCGCCUUCUCGACCUUGGACGUGACUUCUUGCCUGCCAUGCUCAAAGGCUUGCCUCAGGAUCCGCCAGACGUGGUCCAGACCAUCCUUCUUCAUCUACACGAGGACCUCGUCAAGGACCAGCGCAUCCCCCGCUCCAAGAAGGUCGAAUUCUGGAACGAGUGGGCCUGCGGCUGUGUCGUUCAGCUCUAUCCGCGCGAGGAGGAGCAUGUGCUCAUCCAUGCCGACACGGAUGCCGUCGAGAACCCGUCCGUGGCGGAACUCGCGCACCACUUCUUGCUCAGCAUUUGCACCAACCCAGGCUUCGGAAUUUGCUACCCGGAUCGAGGCUGGUACCCAAGAAAAGCAUCAGUCCGCGGCGAUACCGACGAGUCUGUUGGCACAAGCAAGGCGGACGGCGCUGUAAACGGUCUCGACAAGGACAGCUUCUCGUUUGAGAUGGGCUCGACACAGAAGGCCAAGUCGACUUCGAUCAACACCGGUGGCUCCAUCUACAACAAGGUGCUCUCGGGCGUGCUGCGCCAACUCGCGGUGGCUGAGGAUCUCCGACAGCAGGAGCUUGCCCUCAGCAUCCUCACAGCUUGCCCCGAGCUGGUUGGUCCCUAUCUGGAGAGCUCCUGCGCCGGCCUGAGCGUCGACCCCAGACCCAGCUCCAGAUGGCUCUGCAAUGUGGCGUUCUUUGGCAGGGUAGCUGGUCUCGAGCUCCCAUCCUUCCGCAACGCCAAGGUCGAGCAUCUCGAAUCCGAAGACACUACGACCUCCAGCGCGCUUAUCCCGCUCUCGCAUCGCCUCGUCGCCUCGGAACCACCGCCGAUCAACACGGUGCUGGCCAACCUCUUGCCUGGACCGCUCCAUCGCUUCCUGUUCAGCCAGGGCCUCACUAGCACGGACAAGCUUGUGCGUCACUCGACAUGCGCCCUUUUGUGCCGCUGCCUGGACCGCAUGGUCCGAUAUCGCGACAUCUGCCUCGGCGCCACCGACGAGCUUGACGAGGACGAACAUGGACCCUGGCGUCGCCAUUUGGAACUUCUCGAGACGGAGGCCCGUCGACGCAUCCCCGACAUCUCGAUCGUCAUCCAGAUCCUGCAGGUGGCCACCUCUAGACCGCAAACAUCGGCUGCGGCAGAUUCGUCCACGGUCGCCAACGAGUCCAGCGACGGCGCAGAGGGCACCAACGAGAACACGAACAUGCUAUCGACGGAAGUCGCACUUCGUCUGCUCUCCCUCUACUAUCAAGCAGUGCCAAGCUCGGCCUUCGACGUCCGCUUCAACGCAGGCAAGCUGCUCACCAACUCCUUCAUCCAAGCUUCGGCAGCGUCGCCCGAAAAGGCGGCAGACGACAUGGACACAGGAGACGUCGCAAAUGAGGUCGAGAACGCAGAGGCAAGCGAUAGUGAUGCGGAGGACGACGAAGAGGACACCAACGAGAUCAAUCUCGGCGCGCUCUGUCAGGUGCACACGCUUCGCAUCCUUUCGCAUGCUGCGCGCGCCGCAUCCUUCGACUGGACAGCCAAGCCGACCGGCACAACAGGCACUGGCAACCUGAGCUACCUCGGCAUGCUGUUGACGCUGUACAUUUCCACCCCACUGGAGCAGGUCAAGACUGCAUGCGAGCAGCUGCUCAAGUCGCUUCUGGCACCCUCAUCGUUCUUCGAGCACGACUUGGCUGAGAUCGAUGCAUGGCUUUCGGGCCUGCCGCAAGCCGACACGUGUGUCGCGUCCCAGGCGGACGACGAGUCUGGUUCCAAGCCGAGCGCUGUGCCUGCGCAGCAGCACAUCUCGUCGGAACAGCAGACCGUGAUCGCUUUCCUGGACGAAUGCAUGCUUCGCUGUGCCAAGACACCAUAUCGCUACAUCGAAGCAUCGCGCCAAUUCCUCCGUGACAAUGGACGCCAGGACGAGCAAGAUGACGAAUCCGAGGUGACCAGUGGAGCCGAUUUGCUCGCCUCGCCUUGGCUCAUGGCGCUUCUCGAGCAAUUCUGCAUCCGCAUCGACAAGGGUCUCUUCGACGAUGCAGAGUCGGUCGAGGGUCUUACGGCGUUCUUUGCGCGUCUGCUGCCCACUCUCUGCGCAUACGCGCGUCACACCUCCGCGUUCGAGGCGAUGGCGUUCAAGAUCAACAGCCACGUUUCAAGCAACGAGAAGUACGCAUCAUCGCAGUUCACUGCUGCCGUGGGCGUGAGCAAUGUUCGCGCCAUUCGAGUCGCUCCCGAACCCGCAUUCGAGCCUGGCAGCAAGUCAAAAGGUUCUGUCGUGAUCGCAUCGACUACAUUUGCUGUCGUCGCCACCACCUACGUGGCUGUGCGGCGUCAUGACCUUUCGACACGGGCUCUUGCUCUUGCUCUCCGACCUUCGCGCGAGUAUCUCGUUGCUAACGCUGUUCAUAUUGACAUUUGUCUACAUUCAACAGACUGCACCGAUCCGAGGGACCUCAAAACGCGGCUUCGAAGCGUCAAGCGGCCACUGACUCAGUCGCAGAUCUCAUCGCUGUACGCAGCUGUCCAGGGCCUCCAAGCCAGCGGUUACGCGCUCGCGUCCCAGAUCCUGGGCGAGUUGGAUCCGGUCGCAGAGAACCUCGCGACUGCGCUCUUCGGGCCCGAAGUCGUUUUCGGGGCAAUUCCGGUCCUUCACCUGCCUUUGAACGCCCGCUUCGUGCAGCCGGCACACGAUGACUUCAUGGCUACGACCAGCGAAGAGGAAGUCCUGGACCAGACCACGCUGGUGCCAUGGCGGGCGAAGGGUAAUGCUCGCCUGGCCUUGUGGACUGCCGUGAGCCGCGGCCAGGGCAUGCAGGACGAAAGGCACCUUCUUCCGCACGCCUCUUCGCUCAUCGCUGCAGCCGAUGCUUCAGAGUAUCUCACCCACGAAGAAGCCAGGCAGUUCCUCUUCGUCGACUCUGUCGCGCUGCUGAACCGCGCUGCCUCGCCGCACGUCUCAAAGUCGCUGCUGCGCCGCAUCAGCGAGCUGGCGAUCAAGUACCUCGACCCUCGCCACAAAGACCAAGCGCAGAUCGUCAGGGCUACCCUCAAUAAGGUCGACGGCGGCAGCAAGGCUGUAGACGUCGACUAUUUGCGCUGCAUGGCAAACCUCACGCCUUUCAUGGAUGAGGCAGACGCCGUCGAGCUGCUGUCCAAGGCGCUGGAGGUGCUACGCGAGGCGAUGCGCACGCAGGACUCCGCAACGGGACCAGCAGAGGCUGAAGUGUGGAUCGCAGCUGCGGAAUCGCUCGCAGCUAUUGCGUCAUCUGCCGGCCCCAUCUCCCGAGUAUGGACAGCACUUGCCAUGAAGCUGCAGCUGAUUGUCGACGCUGUCUGUUCCACCGAAGGGCUCCACGCCGAAUGCAGGACCCUGCUUCUGGGCAUCAUCCAGGCGACCCUUCAAUCUGAUCUGAUUCUCGCCGACUCAGCGGUCGAGAAACAGCUGGCCAUGUUGCAGCUGGGCGGACUGAUCAACGGCGCAGCGCACUCAAGAGCGACAGACGGUGCUCUGGUUGCCGCCCUUCACGUGCACCCGAAAACGACACUGCCGAUACUGGAUUCGGUGCUGAGCGUCUUGUCGUCUGGCGUUAGUGCCGAUGCUAGGAGCACGGUUCAAGCGCUCCCGUGCACGCUGCUUGCCAUUCUCACAGCGCUUUCCGAGGCCGAAUCCGUGACAAAUGAUGGCGGAGCGAUGCUUGGCGAUGUGACCUGGGAGCACAAGCACAUUGGCGUUAUCGUCGACGUCUGCAUUGACUUCGUCCUGUCCGAUCCCGAACUCAUCGAAGAGGCGGAGGUCGAGACAGUGGAGAGGCAUGCAGCAUGUCUUGUGGCAGCACUCAGGUGCGCGGCGCGGUAUGACUGGAACGAGCCGCAGUCUGCGGCAAGCGGCCGUCUAGCCAAGUUUGCCAAGGAUGCAGUCGAGAACAAGCCCUAUGUGGCGUUCAGAGCGCCACUCAUCCAGGUGCUGCUUGGUCUGGUCGAAGACGUGCCUGAGCUGCCUUCACUUUCCGAGGUGGUGCAGGCUUCGAUCAACGCCGCGCUGCUCUGGCUUGUUCGACGCUUCGCCGAAGACAGCAACGACUCUGCGCGUCUUGUGCACACCAUUUCGCUCUUCACCGAUCUCGUGGAGCGCGCGAGCGCGAGCGAGAGCGUACGCAUCCACCUUCGAGCCUCGCUCGUCGACCCUGUGGUGCAAGCGGCCUUCAAGAACAGGAUGCGGGCGCUCGACCAGAUGCGUCUUGUGCGCGCACUCUGCGUGCACGCCGAGCUCGACAACAGCCACCUCUCGCGCUACCUUGGCGCGCUUUCUGCGCAUUCGGACUUUGCCAGCGUCAUGCGUGGCUCAUCCAACCUUCUCGCACCUCUUCGGGACGACACCGACGAGCAAGAGAACGGCCAAGCCGAGGCUGACAACGAGGAAGCUGCGGAAGACGAAAAGGUGCAGCGUGCGCAGGAGCUCAAGCUUGUCGUUGUGGAGCUCGUGCAUCUCAUCGCAGGGCGGGAUGCUAAAGGCCUCAUUCGUGCGCCGUUGCUCACGAGGCUCCUGCCGUUCUAUGGCGCAAGCCUGUCGCGGGCGGACCGGAUGCUGCUGAGCCUCUUCAGGAAAUUCGAAGAGGUGUCCGAGCAGUCGUUCGCGACGCUCAUGCAGGAGUGGACGCUGCCGGCGUCACAGCAAGGUGGAGGCGGCGGACACGCACACAGCGCACCGGAGGCUUUGCAGUCGCUCGAUGCGAACGUGGUGUUCGCGACGUGCACCGAGUUCCCACGCUUGCUCUCGCUGGCGAACACCGUCGCGUCAGGAUACAAGACGGACGGUUCGGCAGAGGCUGACGUUGUCUUGCCCGGUCAGGUGUAUGGGCGGCACACGGAUGCGGUGCAGCGCUACGAUCCGGUCUUCCUCGCGUCGCUGUUGGCGCGCGUCACGGCGCCCGACGAGAAGCUCACGGGGCUGCAGUGGCUGGCAGUGUUUGCGACCAACGUGCCUGGGCUCGCCGUGUGCGGGCUAUCGUCUUGCUGUCCCGACAUGCGUCGCGCGAGCCUCACUCUGAUCUCGAGCCUGUACCUCGCGGUGCGCGAGGCCGACUUCCAGGAGAAAGACCAUCUCAUCAUGGUGCUCGACCUGCUCCGAGACGCGCUCGACUCGACGCAGGCGGUUCAAGAGUCCUCGACCGACGCGCCGUUCCUUCCCACGACAACGACGCUCUUCAUCGCGCACAGCCUGCGCUCGGUGACGACGCCGGCGUCGUUCGUCUAUCCGGUGAUCUCGCACUUUUUGUUGCAGCGAUCCGAAUUGGACGUGGGCGAUGUGCCGCUGCUGUACAAUCUGCUGUAUACGGCGUCGGACCGGGUGAAGCAGGAGCGCAUGUGGAUGCUGCGGCUGCUGCGCGAUGUGGCGCGCUCGGGCGGUCGGAGCGACUGGAAGAUCCUCAAGCGCCGACGCACGUGGGAGCUGCUGGCGUCGCUCUACGAUGCGUGCGAUGCGCGCGGUGCGGGUGCGAGCGCCGAGCGCGCCGUCGAGGAGGCGGCUAUGCGCGCGCUCGUCGAGGAUACCACAUUCUGGCUGGUGGCCAAUGCGGACGUGGCCAUCGAACUCGUCACGCGCCGCGGACUGCUCGCGUGGAUGUGGCAGCAGAUCGUGCGCGAAGGCGUCGUCGCACUUGCCGAUCCAGCCCUGAGCGAAGGUGCAGAGACGGUGGGAGUCGACAGUCUGCCGCCGACAUCCGCGCCUCGUAGUGUGUGGAUGCUGCUUCUGGCGCAGCUGAUGCGCAGUGUGGAUGUGGACCGUCUGGAUAGAGCCACACAGGGCGCUUGGAUCGCACCUGUCCUCAGUCUCGUACACACCACAACCGUCGCUCUGUACAAUUGUGCCACAGAACCGGCUGGCGGCCAUCUGCCAAACGCGUCAGACGAACUUGUGCGCACAAUCACAUGUGCUGCAGCGGAGGUCAUUGACCGACUCGUCCCGCACGCAGAGGAGCACGCCCGGCUACACGCAACGGCCUUGCUGGCCACGCUCGAGACUCUGGUUAAGCUCGGAGCUAAAGCUCUGCACAGUGCCGGAACAGAGCGCACGCACGUCGAGCGAGCUUGUGUGCGCGUCAACUCGGCACUGCUCACCAUCGCGCCCGCACUCACGGAUGCAGCUUCGACCCGUCGCUUGGCAGUCAUUCUUCGUCAGUCGACCGCACUGUGCAUGCGCUUCGAUGCGCAGAUCCACGCGCUUGUGACAUCCAACCUCUUCCCCCCCGCUUCUGUCUCCUAG